UUUUGGUAGAUGUUUGAAAGGAAGGAAUUGAAGGCACGAGUGAAAAAAAAGGUUGAAUAAAUAAGUGAGGGUCAAGAGAUCAUCUUCAGUAUUAAGAGAAAAUUUGGAGAUCAAUGUUAUGACAACAUAUGUACAAUUAAACACCAUGAAUUUAAGAUUUAUUAAAUGACGAAGAAAUGAUGAGGUUUAUCAAUUCCAGGAAACAACAAAAGUUAAAUUUUGAUGAUGUCAUUAAUUAAACGAAAAAUCUAUCUUUGGAUGAUGAGACCCAAAAAAUGUAAUUUUAAAUUCCGAUUUAUUAGUGUAGUAUUGGAGAAACUCUAAUCUGAUGACACUCCUCAAUAUAAUGAAGAAACUCAGUAGUAAAGUAUUUUAAAGGAUCGAAGAGAACAAUUCGUAGAUAAAUUUAGAAGAGACAUAAGGGAUAAAAUUUUAUAGGAUAAAAGAAAUAAGGUGAGGAAUCACUUUUUAUCGUAGUUUAUUAUUGAAUUAGAGUAGGAUAAGGGUAGUCUCAAGUGUUGUGAUCAAUAAAAGAAUGAGUAAUUAGAAUAAGACUAUUAUGUAAUGAAGUAAGUGAGUAAGAAUUAAAUGAAUCAGGAAAAGAAAAAGAAUGCUCACAUGAACAUUGAUGCUAAAUAAAUAGAAAAAUACUUCGACAAUUAUUAUGUUGAUAGUGAACACAAUUCAAGUAUUGACAGUGAAGACUCUCAAAGGACAGAUUAAGAUGCUUAUGAAUAUCCUGAAAAUGAAAGUUCGGAUGACGAAGAUGUUGAAGUAGAAGAAGAUUACUAUGAUAACAAUAGUGAGGAUUCUCAGAGAUACAAAAAGUAUAGGAGGAAAGAUAUUCAAGAGAAAGAUGAUUAGAUUGAAAUUGAUGAAUAAUAAUAAGCUUAAGGAAUUGAGAUCAAUCAAGUUUAAGCUUUCAUGAGUUUUAUUAAAUAACAUGAACAAAUUAAAUAAGAAAAAUAAUGUUGGAAAACAUUUGACUAUGAACAUGAUUUUUGA